CCCUGGAUUGUAGCAGAUAGAGAGAGCAGCCCUCCUGCAGCCUGUUAGCCCAACACCAUGGAUGUCAAGCUGCUGGCUCUGAUGGCUCUGCUGGCCGUGGCCACGCAUGCACCAGCCUCCAACGCAAAGCCCAUCAGUCUGGUAGAGCGCUGCUGGUGUCGUUCCACCCUCAACACGGUUCCUCAACGCUCCAUCAAAGAGCUCAAGUUCCUCCACACGCCCAACUGCCCCUUCCAAGUCAUUGCCAAGCUGAAGAGCAACAGGGAAGUUUGCAUCAACCCAGAGACCAAGUGGCUGCAGCAGUACUUAAAGAACGCCAUUAACAAGGUGAAGAAAAACAGAAGACGCAACAACAAGAGAAACUAAACACGAGGGAAGACAUAUCUGUCGUCAGACCUGGCGUCUCCGGGUCGAACCUGUAUACCUCCCUGUCACUGCUAUGGAUGUAUGUAAACACGCUGUAUGUACCUGUCCACCUCUCUGGACCGCUUGCAGAACCAGCACUUCACCGCCAAACCGUGCCAUCCCCGCGCCACCGCCCAUCCCUCUGGACACCCACACAGCUCACCCCCAGCUCUCCAUGUUAGCACCAAGUGCAAUUAUAGCUUUGUGUUUGUGUGUGUGUGUGUGUGUGUGCAUGGACGUGCAUUUGUCACGUUGUGAGUUAAUCAGUUUACACAGUCACAUUGUGGGGACUUGCCUUCCUUCUGGGGACAAAACAUAAUGUCCCCAUAUGUUAAUCAUUAAAUUUUAGACUUGGGUUAAGGUUAGGUGAAGGUAAAGGUCAGGGUUAGGGUUCGGCAAGUAGUGGUUAUAGUUAUGGUUUGAGUAAGUCUCCAGGAAAUGAAUGUAAGUUGAUGUAAUUUCCCCAUAAAUGAAGGAAACACGACUGUGUGUGUGUGUAUGUGUGUGUCUGAAUGUGCUCCACAUGAAACAACUCUGACUGACUGUGUGUGUGUGUGUGUGUGUGUGUGUGUGUGUGUGUGUGUGUGUUUCAUACUCUCUGACUUCACGCAGCCAUAAAGGAACAGUUUGAGCUUUUCUCCCACUCGAGGCUUUGUAGGUAACGCUACCUUCACUUCAGAUUAACUCUAAACAUGAGCUGCUGAAACAUUCACACAAGCCUCCAAAUGUGGCAUCAUUCACAAAUGAUCUGUCACACUUACAGCAGCACACUUCCUUAAACUUGAGUGAAUUCAAUAUUUGGGAUGGGGGUGUUCCAGACUUUAAUGUGAAGACUUCUGAUGUGAGGUGAAUUUGGCAUUACUCCAGGGGCAGACACAGAGAGGCUGGCCAAAGCGGUCACAUGCAGUGACUUAUCAGGGCAGGCCAUGCUUUAAGCGCAUCUUGAACUGUCUUCAAGCUUCCUGCACCAUCAGGAACAAAACAGAUGGAAGCUCACACACACUGCUAAGAAACAAGCACUGAUCUCAUGGUGCUAUAUAUUCACUACAAAGGGCCAGAGCCAUCGACAUCGUUAGAUUUCACUGUUUACUUUAUGCAAGAUUUAAGAUGGGAUGCUGUGACCCUCAUGUAUUUAAUGAAACACACUUAUGUUUUUGCCAGUCAUGGAAUACUUAAAGCGCUGUCGUUAGAGUCUGAUAUGAGAGAUGAAAUGGAAAGUUAAGGUUAAGCUAAGGCCAUGCUGUACUGAUAAAGACUAUAAAGAAGAGGAAUACAACACUUAUCAAUGCAGCUUUUUUUAGUGAUUGAACAUAUCAGUAAAGAGAGACCAAAUAUUUAUACAGUAAAACAUGCAACAUGAAGAAACCUCAAAAAGCAUGACUUUUAAUUUCAUUUAUUGUUCGAAAACGAUCAUCAUAAUUCUCAUUUUUACAUCAAAGGGACUGUAGGGAAAUGUACAUCAUGCAUAUCAACUGAUCUGCAGUAUUUUCAUACCAACACCUGUCCUUGGGAGGAAUGAAAAGCUAAAACAAUUGACAUAUAAAACAAUGACAAAGGUCACAAAGGGAAUGUUCACGGCGGCAAAAAGAAAGUUCCUGAUUAUCCUUUUUUAUAUAUAUUUGAGCCACUUUAUUAUCAGAUGUGUCUUUAAAAUGUAAUGGUUUUAUUUUUAUAUUGUGCAUAAUCUUACUAAAUGUUUUUUUAAUGCAAUGUACAGCAGGCAGCAGAUGCUAAAUGAAGGCUAGUCCAUAAAAUGCAAGAAACAGUGUUAAACUUCAUUUUUAAGGUUUAAUGCAAUAUUUCACAUAUAUGUGACGGUUUGUUUGCGAAUAUGUUACACACAGUAUGCAACACGUUCCUUUACCAAAGGAAUAAAAUGCUAUUUUCUAUCUUUUUUCUUUUUUUUUACAAUGUGGAUAAAACAAUUCAAAUAUAGUCUUCCUGGUUUGUUGUUCUCUCCAUGCUGUUUCCUUGUCAACCAGUGUGAGAUGUAACAAAGGUGAACUGAAUAAAAAUCUGUCAAGUCCAACACACAGUGACUGAAAACAAAAGCUGCUGUCGUUGUGCUCCGUGAGUCAGGAAAGCAUUCAGAUCAGCCCACCAGCCGUCCCCGUCCAACACUCGAUUCCAUCUUUGCAGAGCUUUACUGAGGCUGAUGUACGAUGUGUCAAUAGAGUCACUGAGCCAAAGCAGAACAAAACCUUUGAGUUGAGAUCCAAGCGACCAACAUGUGCUUUCAAUCUGGACACUCCCAGCACCCCACGGACUUUCUUUUCAAUUUCACUCAACCGCUGCCAUGCAGCAGAAUUAGAGCCGUUCCUUUUUUUUUCCUCUCUGAGAUUGUAAUGGAAGUCCUGCUGCUUGUGGUCAUUGUUAUGGUCUCUUUUUUUGUUUUGGUUUACAUGGUCUAUUUGCAGAGUGCCUGAUUAUAGGUGAUAAUCACAUCAAUUUACAGCUAAUGUUGCAAUAAUCCUGUAAGUGUAAUUCAUUUCCAAUGAAUGUAAUAGAAGUUAACGGACAUUCAUUUUAUAUUAUUGGACUAAUUCUAUUAAACACAUUGCUAAAUAAGCUAAAAUGUUCAAAAUGGACUGAUAUGCAAUGAAAAAUUUACUUUCAUUGCAUCCUUUUAUUAACUGUAGAGUUACAUCUAGAAAAACAACUGUGUUGUCGCCUCUGUAAACCUUCUAAUGGAUGUGAUCAUUAUCUGACUAACAGGAAAGAGAUGUUGCAUUAGCUGUGGUGAAACUUUGUUAAUCACAUGGUUAGCAGCAUUAGUUUCAUUACUGAUCUAUGUUAAUGAAUUAGUUUUAUUAAUCAGACUUUAAGUGCUCUUCUGUUUAAUACUGUGGCCCCUGUGGCAACAUUUAAUAUUUCAGACAAAUAUGUAGACUCCUUUAUCGUCGUGCAAAUUAGAGCUUUUGCCAUUUACACAUUCAGGUUCACAUUUAUUCACCGCGAGCUUGUUAAUAAAUUAAUCAAAGUGGGUGCAUGUGUUCUACUUUGGACCCCGAGACAAUGUGAAAUAACUUUAUUUCUUUCGAGGCAGCUUCUGACACAUACUCUUCAUUUACCUGAGAUGUAUUAGAGUAUUAUCCUCUGUAUUGUCACUGUUGGUAAACCAAGAGGAGGUAUUUUAGCCAUGAUAUUCAAGCCCUAUUUUCAAUAAA